AUGGCAAACACAGCAUUGCUUGGCAGUACCACGGUUGUUGCUGAUGAUGGCGAUUCUGAUCAUACUGCAAACUUCGCAUGGUGGGAACCAGGCCAUGGAAGGUUCAAAUUCCGUCACCCAUGGGAGCAGUACUUGAAGAUUGCGGCCCUUUCUCGCAAAUGUGCUUACCAUUUUGAAGUUCUCUGCGCCUACAUAAAUUCUGAUAUUCAGGAGGCAACAACCUUCCAAAGAAAUAUUCAACAGCUAUGCAUGAAAAUGAGCUUAGAGUCCAGCAAGGCUCUAAAAGAACUAGCCUCAUCAAUCAAAACGAUGACACACCCAUCUGCAGCCGAUGUUCAUAUCGAGAACUCCAAAGCAGCCGCCGAUGAGCUCAAGGAAGCAAUAGAAGCUGCCUCGAGAGAGACCUCUACCCUUUUGGAAAUCAUUCGGGCUGUUGAUGCUUCAGUUCCUGCAGAUAUCAUCAAAUACGUUGACAAAAUUGGCGAGUCGGUCCAUGAGCUUUCGCACCAAGGACAUUUCAAGAAACUGGAAGAUCAGUCGACUGUGUCACCGGAGAAACCACAGGAACUUCACCGGGGAACUGCAAAGCCGGAUAGCGAAGUCGAUGGUGAUGGUGAUGGUGGUGAUGGUGUCAUUAUUACACUAGAUGGAACAUCUCUGGAAUCUCCUGAGAAUGGGAAUCCUCUAUCCCCGAAGUCGACUGUCCCAAGAGCCGAGCUCCAAAUAUUAGCUACCAACUUAUAA